GUUUGCAGAAAACGGGAGGGCUCCUGAAAUGCCUGAGCCGGCCAAAUCCGCUCCUGCGCCUAAAAAAGGCUCCAAGAAAGCCGUGACCAAGACCCAGAAGAAGGGCGACAAGAAGCGCAAGAAGAGCCGCAAGGAGAGCUACUCCAUCUACGUGUACAAGGUGCUGAAGCAGGUGCACCCCGACACGGGCAUCUCGUCUAAAGCUAUGGGCAUUAUGAACUCCUUCGUCAACGACAUCUUCGAGCGCAUCGCCGGCGAGGCCUCUCGCCUGGCGCACUACAACAAGCGCUCCACCAUCACGUCGCGGGAGAUCCAGACGGCCGUGCGGCUGCUGCUGCCCGGCGAGCUGGCCAAGCACGCCGUGUCCGAGGGCACCAAGGCUGUCACCAAGUACACCAGCUCCAAGUAGUGCGUUUCUCAUCAUCAGUUAACCCAAAGGCUCUUUUAAGAGCCACCCACAUAUUCACUUAAAGAGCUUUAAGCACUGUUUGGUUUUGGUUGGCUUUUUUUGUUCGUUUGCUUUUAAAGCAGUGUAUGAAGUUUGAGAUGUGUUAAACCACAUCCCUCAGAGCUUGUAACGCUUAAUCUGUUUCAAUUAGCUUGCAUCUUUAGCAAAUGUAUUAGCUUACAUACAUUGAGUUUCCCAGAGCAUCGGUGUGUAUGCUUUUAUCUUACAUGGCUAUACAGAACUAAUUCAUGCUACUUGAGCACAUUCGCCCCAGAAAAUAAAGUGAUGGGGAAAUAAAUGCAACUAACCA